CGAGACAAGAAAUAGUAAAAGACGUUUGGCGCGGUUGGUAGACUAGCUGGUGACAGCAAAGGGAGUAGAUCCGGGGAUAGACCCGCGGCUCGAGUAUAUUUUUUAGAAGUACUUUCUCUGGUAAACAGACUCGACAGAUUUAGAUCUGUUCUCGAGUUUGUACAGAGAGAGGCGGUUUGUUCGUUUUUUUCCCACCAGCCGUAGCCAGCCGUCUACCUAAGCUUGCCCUGCUCAGGCAGACGGAAAUAUCUCGAAAAUGCCUCCCGUCGAAAAUGACAGCGGGAAGAAGGAACUCAAAUCUCAGAUUCAAGAGCUUAUCGACUCCAAUCAAGUGAUUGUGUUCAGCAAAAGCUACUGCCCAUUUUGUGUAAAGGUGAAAGACUUGUUCAAAGAACUGCAAGUCGAGUGCAAUGUGGUGGAGCUGGAUCUUAUGGAUAAUGGGACAAGCUACCAGGAGAUGCUGCUUGAGAUGACCGGACAGAAAACGGUUCCUAACGUUUUCAUCAACAAGAAGCACAUCGGUGGCUGUGACAAAACAUUACAGGUAAGCAAUGAAAGUCGUCUCGCAGCUCAGAUGUAACUUGUUUUUUCUUGUGGCAUAAAUAUGACAUAAUGGCCUCUUCUCAUAACAGAAAUAGGUUGGUUAUUUUUGUCACAACUGGAAAGAGGUG